GCAACAGCUGAGUUCUUUGUCACUUGACGUCAGGGCAAGAGCAACAAGUGACGCAGUGAUCGAUAUGGGAAAUGAAUAUUGAGGGAAUUUGCAAGAUAUCGUUCACAGGUUCAUAGCAGAGAAAAAAAACACUUGUUUAGAAACAUGGGCAUUAUUCCAUCAAAGAGAAAAAAGAAAAGAGUGAAUCAAACCAUCAAGAGACCAACAGUUGAAACAAAUCAGGAGCCAGAAGGCUGGAAGAACAUGGGAUUCAAGAUAAUCAAGGAAAUGAUGGGACAGGAAUUAUUUGAAAAAAUGAUGGUAGAGGCAGACGAGCCUCCACCAGAAGCUGGGCCAUUCAGUGCGUCGCAGUUGGCACUUUAUGUUAAAAAGUAUCAAGCCGGGUUCCUUCUCAAGACACUCUUGACACAACAAACAAGAGGUGUAGGAGCCACUGGAGUUGUAACAGUCCUCAACAACCCUCUCCUCCCUGCGCACGACUUUUUCUCUGCAGAAAGGGUGUUUCCAGCCCGCCUCCUCCACUGUAAUCUUAUCAAGGUAGACGAUGCCGAAUUAGACGUGAGACUAGCGGCUCUGAAGUUUGCCGAUAGUGACUUCGAAUCACCUUUUGAUCUGUUGUUACAUACUGGUGAGGAGGCUGCGUAUUGGAGCCUCUAUAGCUUAGACAAGAUGCUUAGUGCGUUGCAUGGUGAGACAGAAGCAUUUGAGACAUAUUGUUUGGAGGACCCUUGGCACUUUUACUUAACCAUUGCUGCAUUUCGUCGAGCUCCGGAAUCAUUUACUGACCAGAGGUAUUACUCGUGGAUGGCGUUUGAAUACAAAGCGAGAGACGGUGUGCCUCGCUACGCCAAAUUUCGCCUCGUCCCUGCUGAUGAUAGAGAAGAAACUGGACUUAUGACAGAAGAAGAGCAAAGAAAACCUUGGGAAACAUUUCGAUGGGAGGGUGAUAGGAGACCUAAGUCCUAUUUAACUGCUGAUUUUGAAGAGCGUAUGUCAGAAGGUGGCGUUCAAUACAAACUUCAAAUACAACUACAUGAAAAACAACCCGACGACUCACAUCUUGUGCUUCACGCGGCUCGAGUCUGGGACCAAGCAACUCACCCUUGGCUAGACCUCGCCGAAGUCAGGUUGACGUCACUUUUACCAGAGGAUGUAACAAAGGGAACCCGUUGUUCAUUAGAAAAUAUACCGUGUGGGUCUUUGUCACUCCCUUCUGCCAAGACCAUCUACGACUAUAAUUCCAUGGCGUAUUUAAAGUCGAAACUUCAAUCACGACCUAAAAAGCAGAGCUUUUCUUUAAGGAAGACUUCUAAAUCAGAGGGAGAUAUGUCCAUCUACUGCAUUUCUGUGUUCACGGGAGACCGAAAACAUGCUGGUACCAACGCCGAUGUAACCCUUACAAUCACAGGCAGUAGAGGUAGAACAAGACCUCUUUUGAUGGACAAAUGGCUCCAUGACGACUUUAAGGCUGGACAAGACGAUACGUAUAUCUUGGCAGCUGAAGAUGUCGGAGAUUUGUUGAUGAUUAAGUUACACAAUGAUCAGGGUGGUUUGUAUAGUGACUGGUUCGUGGAGAAAAUCAUGAUCACCUGCAGCCAAAAUCCUCAAAAGCUUUAUGAAUUUCCUUGCUUUCGAUGGGUGCAGAGUGAAUCCAUCUUCUUUACAGGAAAAGCCCUUCUAGUCACAGAUGAGCAGCACGAAGUGAUACGAAGCCAAAGGCGACUCGAAAUUCAACAGAGGCAAGAACUGUUUCAAUGGGGAGAAGAUCCUUUGAACCACGGUUUACCAGGAUACGUCAAGUCUGAGCACUGGAAAAAGCUCCCCAAAGAUGUCCAAUUUACAGAGGAAGCUGUGGAUGACCUUCAUACCGCCAGAAAUAAAGCACUAGUAAAUCUUGGUUUAAUAAAGUUAUUGAAUAUCUUCGAUUCUUGGGAAGACUUCGAUGAUUACCGUAAGGCGUUUGUUUCUUUCGUUGGUGAUGUUCCAAUGGCUGCCGACCACUGGCAGGAUGACUGCUUCUACGGGGCACAGUUCCUGAAUGGCUGUAACCCUGAAACGAUCAAGCGAUGUACGGAACUACCUUACAACUUUCCCGUGACACAGCAAUUGGUUGGAAACCUUCUUGAUGUUGAUGACAAUCUGGAGAAAGCAAUGAAGGACGGGCGUGUUUAUAUGGUCGACUUCAGCAUUCUUGAUGGCAUCCUAUCUUAUGGAUUCUUAGAUGAAAACUUAGAGACGCGCUAUACGUGUGCGGCGAUGGGUUUGUUCUAUGUCAAGGGCACUGGAGAUAUGGUUCCCAUCGCAAUUCAGCUUCACCAGGGACCUGACGUGACCAACCCAUUAUGGACCCCUAAUGACUCUGAAUUGGACUGGACCUACGCCAAGAUGUGGCUGCGUAAUGCUGACAUGCAGUGGCAUCAAACGAUUGCGCAUCUUCUUCGCACUCAUUUCUUCAUGGAGCCACUCGCUCUCGCCAGCUGGAGACAACUUCCCUCUCUUCACCCACUGUGGAAACUAUUGGUCCCUCAUUUGAAGGGAGUUAUGGCCAUCAAUACCCUUGGGAGAGCUAGGCUCAUUGCAGCUGGAGGUGUAGUGGAUCAAACUCUUAGUAUAGGAGGUGGAGGUCAUAUUGAUCUCAUGAAAAAGUACUACAAGAACAUGAAGUGGUCGUCGUAUGACCUGCCAAAUGUCUUAAAGGAGAGAGGAGUGGACGAUCCAGACAAACUACCUGGGUUCCACUAUCGUGAUGAUGCCUUGCGACUAUGGCAGGCCAUCAAGAAUUUCGUCACAAGGAUUGUAUCCAUCUAUUACCCAUUAGAUGAGGUUAUUCAAAAGGAUACAGAACUCCAGGCGUGGAUCCUCGACAUUCAUGACAAUGGCUACACUGUCCGCGAAGGAGAGACGGACCAUGGCUUCCCAUCGUCUAUUGCAAGCGCUGAGCAGCUGGCUCACAUACUAACUAUUGUUAUCUUUACUUGCUCUUGUCAACAUGCAGCUGUAAACUUCUCGCAGAUGGACGUGCUCGGUUUCCCGCCAAAUUCGCCAGGCCUCAUGAGACAGCCGCCUCCAAAGGAAAAGGGCACAGUGACCAUGAAAGACAUAAUGAAGACUCUUCCCACCAAGCACCAGGCAGGAGUUGCUAUAGCGACGGUGAACGAUCUGACUCGAAUUUCUCCCGAUGAGCGUUUCCUUGGUGAUUACCCUGAUAGCUCCUUCACUGACAUGGCUGCCAGAGAGGCCAUCUUGCGCUUCCAAGGAAAACUUCAGAGAAUUUCGGCGUCAAUAAAGAAAAGGAAUGAGAAGUUAAAGUUUCCUUAUACUUAUUUGCUUCCGGAGAAAAUACCAAACAGCAUCGCUAUCUAGAGAAGCAUGCUAUAAUUCUUACAUACCAACUUGUUUAGCUACUUGAUAAGAAUACACAUGACUGCGUUACGUUUCACAGCCAAGAAAAUGUUCGAAAGUGAAUGCUUUCAAGAGUCGAGAACAUCUUAACGGGCCGUGUUCAAUUUACAUGGUAAAACAAGUUUUCAUCAAUAUUCGCAUUGAAAUAGUUUUUCUCUACAGUAAUUUAUUUAUUUAUUCAUCUAGGUGAGCCCUAUACGUGGUAAUUCUUUAGUGUGUUCUUCUUCGUGCUGAAUCUUAAAGUUUAAUUUAGAUGAACCUCAUAUUUUCUUUAUAAAGGAGUACGGCUUGUUUUGAAAUAUCUAAAGAAAUGUAAAUAUAACUCGACAUAUACUAAAAAUUUAUUACUAGGCAGAAGUAUAUACAUGUGAUAAUUAUAGUGUAACGGAGGCAAAUGGAAAAUGUCUCUGUAUCUUUUGAGAAGACUGGACGUUUCCUAUUUUUCUGGUUAAACCCAGUUACACGUACAAAUGCUACCCCAAAUAGUAUGCUGAGAAGAUUAAAUCGGUUGUCCAAAAUAUUUCCAAGUGGCUAUGGUUACUGCGUACAAGCAAAACAGGCUUGAGAGGACGAAAAGCGAAGAACUGCCGUUAAAAAGCUUAGAGUGGCUUUUCCUAGCUGAAAAGAAGGAUGUCAGUGCCACAUUCGUGAUUAUUGAGGACGAUAAGAAAAUGGCGCCAGGGAAAGAUGAUGCUUUUGCCGCCUUUCGGUAUACAACCGCUGUUUUAGCUGGCUUGCUUUUACGUUCGUCUCCAUUCACAGAAAUUCAGAGACGUGCCCAGUGCACUGAGGUGAAAAACAAAAAUUUCAUUGAAACGUGCUAGGCAUAAAAUUAUCAAUACUUUAGAAAAAAAUUCAUGGUCUUGUCAGUCACUAGAAAUUGUCAGUCACUAGAAAUUGUCAGUCAAUAGAAACGUCAGUCGCAAGAAAUUGUGGUCAAUUUUCGCUGGUGAUAAAUGAGAUGAAACAGAUGACUGAAUUUUUUUUAUCGAAAGACGGUAUUGUUAUCAGUUAGCUACCUUAAAAGGAGAGUGCUAACAACCAGCUGCAGUUCGUGAAAUUGUUCAGCGUUCGUGACAAAAGAAGACCGAGCUCUUGAUGACGGUGGAAAGUCUAUCAAAGGCACCAUUUGAGUGCAAAUGCAUUUGUUAUUCAUUCUGACACAAAAGAUUUCUUCUCUUCGACAAAUCUUUGAGUCACAAAAUACUAUGUCAUAGUGUAGUCUGAUCGUCCGGGUGAGUGUAGUUCUGAAAAGGACUGUUGUCGGUUGGAGUGACUGACGUUUCGACAAUCUGAGCGGAAGUCAUCAUCAGAGGCUGGUGAUGACUUCUGCUCAUGGUCACCAAUACCGACAACAGUUCUUUUCAGGACUACACUCACCCGGACGAUCAGACUACACUUCCACAUGUUACCCCCGGCUUCAAACCAUUUACUGUACAAAACACAACCUUUAUUCAAAGAAAAAAAAGAUCGAUUCUCAACAAGAGAUUAUAAGCAGCUGUCAAAAGCAUUAAUAUGUCAUCGGUUCAGUUUAGUUUAUAUUAGACAACGCGACCUUCGGUGACGUUGUUUAAGCCACAUUUACGCUGACAAGUUUUUUAUGACAAACACAUUGCGGAAAAUUAUCUGCGGUACAUUAACAGAGUAAACUAAUCAGAAACACCUGUCAACAAAAUGAAAGCAGCUCUGGAGUAGAUUUUCGUUGAUUUAGAACUAAACCGUUCCAUGUUUACUUGACUUGAGACAUCUUGUCGAUCUUCACUACGAAAUUUCUUUUUUCCAAAUUUCUUUGUAACUAUCCUUAAAAAAAAUAUAGCAUGUCCGUUUGUGCACGAAAGAAAGAUGGACAGAAGCCACAGAAAGUUUAGCUCUUAGAACAACAGAUCGAAUAAAGAAAACAUUUUUAAAAAUUA